AUGGCCAGGGACAUUGGCGUCCUACAUAACCCCUCGGUGGUCCCCGGUGAGGUUGCUGAGGUGGUCGGGGAUGAUGAGCGCCAGCAUUGUGGACGAGGUGGUGUGGAGAGUGGUCACGGCGUUCGAAUCCGUGGCUCUCGUUUCGAUGCUCUGCUUCUUCUUCUUGUUCUGUGGAUGCACCAUCUGAUCUCAAUUCUCAGCCUCUUGCGCCUCGAUCUUCCUUUCCCAUUUUCAAUUUUGCCUUCGCCGCAAAUUCUAUGCUAUUUAUAUUUUGUAAUGGAAAUUUUGCUUUAUGUUAUUGGAAAAGUGGAAAGGUAG